UUUCGAAAACGAAUUUAAUUUAAUUAAAGCCCAGUUGAUUUGCCAUGAUCAAACCCAACAAAGCUUGGAAGGAGUAAACUUAAUUGAGCCCGGUAAUAAGCCCAACCCAAACUACCAUAACCUAGCCCACAUGGGAGAGAAAAACUAUAAAUAAGACGUUGUUUCAUUCUUCUUUUUAUGCCGUUGUGCAUUGGAAUUCCUGUCGGUAUGGCCCGACUGUCGGUAGUAGCCCGACUUAUUAUUUUGGUGUAUGGUUGGCUCCCAUCACCCUUUUCAUUCCUUUUUAGGAUACUUUACUUUACCCGUUCGAAGCUACUUUUUUUUAUUAAACUGUGAGUCAAGGGUCGUGUCAAGUGUCGAGUCUUGUCUCCAUGUUUACUUGUUUAUUAUAUGGCUUUUGCAUGUGGAUUGUUUAUUCGUCGAGUGAAGCAUGUUAGGAUAGAAUGUUAUUCUAUCUUGUUCGUACUCAGCUUUUGCUGACUUCGUGCUUCAUGUCUUCUGGUCAUGGCCUUUGCCUUAAUGACCCUAUGAUGAUCCAUCAAUUGCAUUUGCGUUGUUGGGGAGUAGAAUUUUAAUAAAGCAGGUUUGUAGAGAUAACUUGCGGGAGAAGUUAUCAUGGGAUUCGUGUUGAUAGUUUAAUCUUCCGUAUUUAUAAACUCUAUUUUUAUUUAUAGUCAUGAAUAAUACUAUUGCUACUAUUUAUAGUUAAUGGAUUUCAAAUGAUUUAAUACUUUGGUUUUGGGCCUUAGUGGUCCCAACUUGUUUUAAUAACCAUUAACUAUUUAUUUAAUAUAUUUUGAAAGUUAGUUAAUUCCGCUGCGUAAUACUAGUAAAUAGCUUUAGCCGUUAUCACGGUGGCGGUAAUAUCUUGGUAAUUCCUGUGUUUUAAGUCGAAAAAUGUUUUAUACAAAGCAAGGAAUUAUUAGGGUGUUACAUCUACCUAUUUAUCCUAGAUCCUCCUCUUCCAUCAUUUGUUUCCAUUCACUCUCUCCCUCUUUGUCUCGCCUGAAACUACCAGUGUCACCUCCGCUCACCAACAUUGCAACACCAAAAUUUAUCCCUACUCCUCCAUUAACCUGCCACUACGACUACCCGUUAAUUGCAACUACCUAAAAUCACAUCGCUCCCUCUCUCACACACACACCCUCUCUCUCCUCCACGGAUUCCCACCAUAGCAUCCCCACCAUCUCUCUAUCCUCCACAUCCACAGUUCACCCGGCCCCUCCCUCCCCUCUAAUCAAUUACAUUCUUAAAUAAUUUGCAACUUGGGGAUACAAUGAAAUACUAUAAUUAUUAACCGGAAUAGUUUGAUUGAACAAUUAACAAAAAGAAAAGAGGUAAUUAGUCAAGAUAUUGAAAUGGUGGAAAGAUUAUGCGGAUGAGAAUCUGUGAGUUUUUCGAGGCUUUUCAACUUAAUUAAGUACUCAAAACCAUCACUACCUACGUUAUUGCAAGCAGCGACUUUAGUGGGGACGAAUGAGUUUUUUUUCUUCUAAUAGUAGAGUAGUCAGUGUCAAGGGGAGACUAAGGUGAGCGAGGGACAUCGUCACAUUGCUGGCAAUGUCGAGUCAUUGAUGUAGCACACGUCUUGAAUUUCCGGAGGAUGCCAUGGGGAAUAGAGAGAAAGGAGGAUGCCAUGGAAAGGAGAGGAGAACAACCACGGUCCUCGGGAGUGAGGAGGAGAAAUAAAAAUGUGUUUUUAAUUAUCAUAAACUUAAAAUUAAACGAAUUUAAACCAAUUGGAAAGUGACACUUGCCAAAUUAACAUGUAAAUACAGCUACCAACCGAUCAAAGACUGUUUUGGAAAGAUGAACCUCAAAGGUUGGAUUAUUUCAUAAAUUUUACAAAGGUGAGACUGUUUUUAGAAGGACGACCUAAGGUUUGCUUAUUUUUUAAAAUUUUUCUUAAAAUUAUAGGCAAAAGGGCGGUUAGGCAUACAAGUGUAUAAUACAUAUACUUGGACUACUCCUCCGUCCCUUAAUACUCGCAUCGAUUUGACCGGUGCGGAGUUUAAGACACUUGAAUUAACUUAUUAAUUUAAUGGGUGGUGGUUGAUAGUGAGGUAUUUUUUUUAAUAUAGUUAGUUAAGGAGUGGGGAGUGGGGAGUGAGAGGUGUGAAUUUUUUUUUUUUUUGGUAUGCAAGCAUUAUAAUUAAUAUCAAACAAGGUCAAUACAACCUAGCCAACUCAAACUGGGAAGGCAACACACAACAACUAACUGCCACAGCAGGCAACACAUAACACCUAGCAGCUAACAAACUAGCUACACACUGCUACAACCAUACAACAAUUACAAACUGAGGAACCCAUCUCUCCUGCUCACUUUCUGACUCAUGACUAUUGUGAUCCUAUCUCUCACAAGUUGCUUCAAACUCCCUAUCACAGAAUGCACUGCUGGCACGAGGUGUGAAUUUUUAAAUGACUUUUUGUAGGGAGUAGGGGUGUAGGUGAGUUAGUAGGUAAGCGUGAGAAUAAUAUAAUACUGCUAAAAAAAAUUCAUUUAUAGAAGCGGUGCAAGAAUUAAGACAAUGUAAAGUUCCAUCAUUCAUGAUUUGUGUUAUAUAUCACGACAAUGAAAGUAAUUUUCUUAUAAGUGCCCUACUUGGGAAAAUAUAUAUGUAUGAUAUUUCAAAGUAUCAUCACGCAGGAUUGGAUCUUGUUAGAUUCGCCUCAUUAUAUAUUUAAAAACAUCAGAUUCUUAUAAUUUUUUCUCAUAUGAAAUUAACUAAUAAACUACUUCCUCCGUUCAUUUUUACUCGCAAGUUUGUCAGUUUCACGCAUAUCAAUGCAAACCUUUGAUCAUUAAUAUCUUUAACGGUUUUUUCAUGAAAUGCCCCUGAGGUUUGCAAUAAUGCACCAAAUACACCUGCGCGUUUCAAAAUUCAUAAAAUACCCCUAAAGUUCCGUACUGUUCAUUAAAUGCUCCUGGAUUUAACGGACGUUAGCUUGCCGUUAGUGACGUUUUACCAAUUUGCCCUUAAUUGUUGUUUGGCGCGAUUUAGGUAACAAUUGUGACUGAAAUUCCAAAAAAAAAAAAAACUUCUCAACUUCUCUUCUUUCUCUCUCCUUUCCCCUGUUCUUCAACCCUCAUCAAUUCUACUGUAACUGACAAAAUUCUGGGUAGAUCUUCAAGAAUUUAGUGAAAUUUGUUGCGUUCUCUUUUGGCGAGUUCGUGGGUGUUCGUUUGGUGAAUUCGCGACAAAAAGGGGGCAACUUGGAGGCGAUUUAGAGCUUCGGGUGCAGUGGACGAACAAGGGCCCUUUUCCUAGUUGGAUUAUCUACUUCAAGGAUGACUGCAAUGUGGUUGUUAUUGCAUCAUGGAUCACAUAGCUUUGAUGUGAGAGUUACAGACAUGGAAAAGUAUCGUCUUUUGAGGUUGUUUUUGGAUAUUUUUGAGGAAUCUGUUAGGCAGGAUGUGUUUUUACCUAGUACAUUUGCCCUGUUUAUUGAGUCUCCCUGUGGUAGAGUUGAGUUGGUAGAUGAUAAGACAAUGAAGCUAAUGUGGGGAUGGAAUUGGGGUAAGGACACUACUGAAAUAUGGGUUGAGGGUACAGACAAACCAGGAGUGGUGUUUAGAAAUGCUGUUGCCACAAUUGAGCAUCAUAGGAAGGAGAGUGAGAGAAAGCUCAAAGAGAGACAAGAUGAACUUCUUAGGGCUCAAAGAAAGGAGGAAGAGGAAAUGAGGAAAAAACAGGAGAGAGAGGACAUUUUAAGGGAACUUCAAGAACAAAUGGAGUACACAAUAGCUGUGGAGGUGCCUGUGGUUGAUUGUGAGGACUUAAGCACUGAGUAUGUGAGGAUUAUAAGCAAGGAUGGUGCUGAUGAGGUGUUUCCAGGAGCCUCUCAACCACAACCCACACAAGAAUCUUCACCCUCCAAAAAACCUACUUCUCCUAAACCAAAACAAAAGGCCAAAGUCAAGCCAACUACUCCAAAAGCUCCUAAGGUUCCUAAAGCCAAGAAACUGACCCCUAAGAGGAGACCCACCCCAACUCAAAAACAGGCCACACCAAAGGCAAAAAAACCCACCCCAACAACAAAAAAGCCCACCUCAACACCACAACAACCCACCCCAACUCCAGAACAAUCAAUCCCACCAGCACAGCAACCCACCCCAACAACACAGCAGCCCAUCCCACCACCACAGCAACCCAACCCAUCACCACAAACACACCCCACCCAUUCCCCACCACCACAGAACACCCAAAAUGAUCAACCACCCCAUUCUCCACCACCACAGAACACCCAAAAUGAUCAGCCACCCCAUUCAACACCAACACAGAAUCAGUCUGAAGCUGUUAAAAGGAAGGGGGCCAGAACUAGACCUACAGGGUUCAGGGUGAACAAAGUGACUGCCAAGAAAGCUGGAACUUGGGUAUCCAAAGGGAAGGGCAUAGGUAGGAAGGGUACAGGGAGGUCAAAGAGCGCAAGGGUGUUCACUGAUAUUGAGGAUAUAGGUUCAGAAGAGGAGAGUGAGGAUUCAGAUUGGGAGGAAUCUGAACCAGACUCUGAACUAGAGGAGGAUAAACUUGAUGAUUGGGUUGACUCUGAUGUGGAGGCUGAGGUGAUAACAGAUGAUGUGCCUGACUUAUUGUUUGAGGAAUGUUUGGAUGGUUCUAGUAAGAUGGAUAAGGCCUACAAGAAUGGAAAGAUAUGGACUCAUCAACCAUAUGGGUCCAUCAAAUUAGAACCUUGGUUGAUCUUUCCAGACAAGUCCACUUUCCUAGAUGUUUUGAGGAUUUUUUGCAUACAAGAGGGGUUUGGACUAAGUGUUGAGAGGGCUGACAGUAAGAGGUACACUGCAGUGUGUGCAAUAGAAACUUGUGACUGGAGGAUACAUGCAAGUAAGAUGUUUGACAGUGUCAGUUGGGCUAUUAAGGGGAUCAGUGGGUGCCACAAAACUUGUGGGAGAUUGGAGGAGAACCCUGUGGUGACCUCUGAGUGGCUAUGUAAGAACAUGAUGAGUCUAAUUGAGGCCAACACUGAAAUUCCUGUUGAGACAUUGAGAAGGUAUGCACAGGAGACAUUUCAAUUGAGGGUUAAAAAGAGAUUGUUGUACAAAGUAAGGAGUAUGGCAGUAGAGAAGAUACAUGGUGGUUGGGCUGAGGCUUAUGAGUUGCUUCCUAGGUAUGCUGAGAUGAUUAAACAGACAAACCCAAGAAGUUAUGCACUGAUUUCAUGGGGUGCUACAAGUGGGGAUGUGAACCCCAAGUUCAGAGCUUGUUUCUUCUCCUUUGCUGCUCAAGUCAAGGGGUUUUUGAGGGGGUGCAGGCCUAUAAUUGGAAUAGAUGGGGCUCAUCUAAGUGGGUUUUACAAGGGAAUCCUACUCACAGCUGUUGGCAUUGAUGGGAACAAUGAAAUAUUUGUUCUGGCUUAUGGGAUAGUGGACACUGAGAGCUGUGAUAGUUGGACACAUUUCAUGAGAUGCUUGAGGCAGAUGUUUGAGCAAGAGGGUUGCAACAAAGAUGAUUGGACCUUCAUCAGUGACAGGAUGAAGGGAGUUGACUUGGCAGUGAGAGAUACUUUUCCUAGAGCUACUAGGAGAGUUUGCUGCCAACACUUGUACAUGAAUUGCAAAAACAAUGGAUUUAGUGGAUCUGCUUUCUUCAAACUGUUUUGGAUAGCUGCAAAUGCACACAAUGAGUAUGUGUAUGGUAAAGCAUUAGAGAAGAUCACUGCUCAUGAUCCAAAUGCUGCUGCAUACUUGGACACAUGCCAGGAGCAGUGGUCCAGGCAUAUGUUUGACCCUUCUGUUUGUUGUGAUCACAACACAACAAACUUUGUGGAGUCAUUCAAUGCAUGCACAAAACCAUACAGAGACAUGCUUGUAUUCUCAUUGUUGGAAGCAAUCAGAAAGUGGUGUAUGGAGAGGGUUGGGGCAAGAUUUGACAUGGCAAUUGAUAUGGAGGAUGGUCAGUUGACUGAGUAUGCCAAGAAAGAGGUGGAUGAAAGAACAGGAGAGUCUAGGUUCUGCUAUGCUACAGCCUGUGGUGGGGGGGAAUUUGAGGUCAGAGAUGCACAUGUGAACUUCCCCAUCAGGUUAUCAACUAGAAGCUGUGGGUGUGGGAAGUGGCAAAUUUCUGGAAUCCCCUGCAAGCAUGCACUCAGGGUGAUUUAUGACCAAAGGCUGAACCCCAUUGAUUUUGUCUCCCCAUUCUUCAAGUCUGCUGCAUACAAGCUUACAUAUGCAGACCACAUUCACCCCAUGUCAGACCCAACACAGUGGCCUAACUUUUCUCUCCCUACCAUUCAGCUUUUAGGUUAUGAUACAUAUGACAUUACAUAAAUCAUGCGGAAACAACCAUUAACCCAGGACAACAUAUUAUUUACACAUAAUCAUAUAGCAUAAUUUAGAUGCAUACUCUUUGUUGCGUGCCCUCCCUAGCUGCGCCCGAACCGAACAAGAACAAGUCUUUUAGGACUCCAAGUGUCGUCCCUCCGUAGAUAGUCCACAGCACGUCCGGAUCCGCCUUAAGAUUGACCAACUAGAAUCGCCCUUAAGGUACUAGAAAAUUUCGGCACUUUUGAGCAAGAUGUGUGUUUGAUUUUCUCUCAAAAAAACUCACUUUUGAAUACUUUUAAACUUGUGUAUAAAUUAUGACCCCUAGGCCUUUAUUUAUAGAGUUAUGGAAA